AUAACAUUGGACGCUCCAAAUGAAGCACCUCGUCAAAUUCUUCCAUCGCCAGGCCUCCCAUCUAGGUAGAUAAGGCCAAUCACGCAACGGAGUAUGUCUGCCGUACCGGAUAAAGUCCUAAACUGGCUGUACAGUGUGUUGCUGAGUAAAUAUCAUGAUGCCAAUCGAACAUACUCCGACGUUGCGGAGACCUUGUCGCACUAUCCCUCCCUGACUCCGCGGACAGAAAUCUACACUUUCGAAGAUGGCUCUUCAUCCGUGUUGCUCCUCGUGAGCGGGACCUUACCGGUUCUCUUCCGCGGGACGACGUAUAGGUUUCCUGUCGCGUUAUGGGUGCCUUACGCCUAUCCUCGGGAGCCACCGUUCGCAUAUGUUACUCCAACAGGCGAUAUGGCGGUGAGGCGAGGACAACAUGUUGAUGUUGAUGGGAGAAUCUACCACCCGUACCUCGCUCAAUGGGCACAAUAUUGGGAGAGGUCAAGCCUAAUGGAUUUCUUGGGCAUACUACGCGGUGUUUUCGCAAAAGAACCCCCUGUCAUUUCAAGACAGCAGCAACAAUACCCGCCUGUAGCAUCCUCAAAUCCUCCCCCUCCUCCAGUACCGCCUCCUCCGGCGGAAUUGCGCCAGAGCCCCGUGACUACUGCAGGUGCCGGACCCCAGGGAUCUAUAUCCACACCGCCGCAACCUCCACCGAAGCCUCCCAAACCUGGUGAAACGAUCCAAGAACCCCCACCAAGAUCUUCACGAUACGGUCCUCCACCCCCUCUGCCUCCGUUACCUCACGAUGCCCGUAUCUCAGGUGCCCAGCCUCAACAUUUCAAUCGUACGAAUGCGGCUCCGUAUACCGCCCAGAAAUCUAUGGGUGGGCGUCCGGUACCUCAUCCAGGACAGCCGCCUCGCCCGGCAUACGGUCCUGCACCCACUGAUCUAUCCAGCCCAAUAAGUCCACUAUCACCAGGUGACCACUACCCUGGUCGUAUUCCACCCGCAGCUAGGCAGCAACAUCCUCCCAUCGCUCCUCUGCCUCCUCACGGAGUACCACAAUAUACGACUGCUCCCCAGCCUGGGAUGCAAUGGGCGCAACCGCCUCCUCAAAUCGCACCCCAACUAAAGCCCUCAGUUGAUCUUCUUUCAUCCCCUUUGGACGUUACAUUGCCCUCGCAAAAGGGUGAGCAGCCGGAUAAUACGCCCGCCCCUCCAAUCCCACCCAACCCCGAAAAGGACUCCCUCCUCCGCGCCAUCUCCCAAGCCCUCGUCUCCCAAAUCAACCAGACCAUCGCUUCCAAUGCCUCCGCCAUUCCCCCGCUGCAAGCGCAGCAGACCGCCCUCCUGGAAGCGCAAGCGAGGCUCCAGGGCGAGCUCGAUCAGCUACAGCAGCUAGAUGCGGCGCUAUCAUCGAACGAGCAGAUCCUGCGAGAUGCGAUGAGAGAGGCCGACCGUGUUAUGGAAGACGCGAAGCGGAAGCCGCCGCCGGAAAUCGACCACGUAUUAGUCGCUCCGACCGUCGUGGGUGGGCAGCUGUACAAUCUUUGCGCCGAGGAUAGCGCGCUGGAUGAGGCGAGGGCCGUGCUGAGCCGUGCAUUGGAUGCCGGGAGAGUCAGUGUUGAUCUGUUCAUCAAGCAAACGCGAAGCUUGGCUCGGGAACAGUUCCUAAAGAAGGUACUCAUCAAGAAGAUUGCGGAUGGCAUGGGGUUGGAGAACUUCGAUCGGUAGGCGGUAAGAGCGCUCGGAUGGACCUAAGGAUGGCUUAUCACCGUAGGGAGAACUCGUGGAUGCAUACCACAUUCGCAAGGGUUAACGAGCCGCAUCGAAUACUUAUACAAUGGUCGGAGGGAGGUCUCUGACGUCCGUUAGGCCGUAACCGGAUAUACCGAG